CAAUUAAAUGGUGAACAUUAAAAGCACACGGCAAUGGAAACUUGCGGCUUCAUCUUAAGCAGAGCUGGUGAAUUUGAAAGUUUACUAAUGCGCUGCUCGUAUUGCCCGUUAGACAUUGAGAUUGAGAAGUGGCAGGAAUUCGUGCUACACUUUCAGAAUACGCACGCCUUGAGCAGCAAGGAUAAUUCAAGCUUUCUGGAUAUAGAAGAAAUCGCUGUAGAAGAAAAUGUUGCUAAGAAUGAGUAUCUCACCGUGCCCAUUGAGGAGGAGAACACCGAUUUGAAGGAACUAUCAGAGGUGGAUAUGUCAAGAAUCUCCUCAUCGCUGUCGGAUUCAAGUUUGGGUGAAAAUCAAACUGCUGAAACUGACUACAAUACUCAAUCAGCAGAUGACGCGGAUCAGGAGCCAGCAUCAUAUUCGCCUAAUUACAAGUUCAAUCCAUCAUUCUUCCGACGAGAUCCGCGCACAUUGCACUUCAUUGAAUCAUAUAAAAGUCAGCCCUGUCUAUGGAAUCCUGUCUGUAGCAAAUACAAAGACUCAGCUGCUUGCAAAGCCGCCUAUGCGCAGCUCAUCGCAGAGCUGAAGACACAAAUACACGUCUCAUUUUCAGAACAUACUCUUAAGGCGGCCAUCAAAAAGCUACAUAUGCAAUAUAAUUUGGUGGAGAGGCGUGUAUUGAAUGGCACUCAAAAGACAAAUUCUGUGGCCUUCAAUCACUUCACAAGCUGUGAUUUUUUAAAAGCAUGCGAAGAUCAAAGACACUUCUUUAAGAACUCAAUUAUUCAGCUAAACUUUUUGAAAAGGAAUAAGAUCACCACAGACUUUGUACAGCUGUAUGCCAACUUUCCGCAGCUCUAUGACAGCAAACACAAAGAGUUUUCCAGCAUGAUUUCACGGAAGCAAGCCUACGAAGCAAUGACUGCCCAAUCUUUGGUGCCUCACGGUCGGGCAAUAAGAUGCGACGAUGUCUAUCUCGCUGUUCAGUGCCUCCGUCAGUGGUACUACAAGAGUACAAAGAGCAAUCUUAAAACGGGCAAUGAGUCGGAACAGUUUUACUUAAAGGCCUGCGCGUUCUUACCCCACAAGAUGUUCAAACAGAAGCUAAUUUGCGAACUCUGCCAGCAGGAAACAUCCUCGGAUCAUGUGCUUCAGGCGCACAUGUGCAAGGUUCAUAACAUUGGGGAGCUACCCUUCAAGUGUACAUCAUGUGAUCGGAGUUUUGUAGGACGCGGCGAUUUGGCGACGCAUAUGCAACGUGUCCAUAUUGGAAAGACGCACAAGUGCAAUUACUGUGAAAGGUCUUUUGCUGUAAAUUCGGAUCUUCGUCUACACAUACGUACCCACACCGGUAAUAGUAUAUUGUGUGAGCUGUGCGGCAAGGCCUUCAGACUGAGGUCUCAACUGAAGCUGCAUGUCACCGCCAUACACACAAAGAUCAGAGCAUUUAAGUGCACCAUGUGCCCAAAGGACUUUUUGAAAAAGGUCGAUUUGUCGGAUCACAUCAAGAGCCAUUUGAACAUACGUGAUAAGAUAUGCACAACAUGCGGUAAAGGAUUUACCAGUUGCCAUUCACUCAUUAGACACCGGCAAAUACACGCUGAAGUUAAGAAAUUUGUUUGUAAACUUUGUGAAGCCAGAUUCUCGCAAUUUGUGGGUCUAAACUCGCACAUGAAACGUACGCACAACAUUGUGCGUAACAAUGUACAGAAAACUACAGAGCAUUUAGUUCCAGAGCAGACAAUAAGUUGAUGUGCUACAUUUACGAAACAUUUAAGAACUUAAUAAAUGUAAGAAU